UUGUUCGACAUGUUAAAGAAAUUUUUAAACCUCAAUAUAAUAAUAAGACGGAACGCGGGACAUUCCAAAUGGCAAAAUAUCAGGCAUACCAAAGGUGCCAAAGACGCCGAAAGGGCCACCAUGUUUACGAAACUGUCCAGACAAAUGAAAGUAGCUAUACAGGAAGGUGGUUCUGCGGACCCACAACAAAACAUAAAACUUUCUCACGUAAUUGAACAAGCCAAGAGGUUUAAUAUGCCUGCUGCAAGCAUACAAAAUGUGCUGAAAACUACAGAUAAGUCCAAUGCCAAAACAUUUCUUAUCGAGAUUAGAGGACCUGGAGGCUGUUUAAUAUUAUGUGAAGUAUUUACUAGCAACUUGCAGGGGUUAAGAAUGACCGUGGCAUCCAUUCUAAAGAAACACCAGGCAAAAUUAAACGACAGUGGGAUUGGAGCCCAGUUUACCGAAAAGGGCAUAACCUACGUUGAGCCUAAAGACAAGGACAAAUCUGAAGAAGAAAUUUUGGAGGCCGCAACUGAGCAUGCAAUCGAGUGUAAUGCCGAGGAUGUACAAUUUGUUGAUAAAGAUAUUUUGCAAUUCACCUGUGGUGCUACUCAAUUCAGACCACUUCAGCAAAAACUGGAAGAGUUCGGAUAUAAGAUUAUUGACGCGAACAUUGACUUUAUUCCCACGAAACUACAAGAAAUUAGCCCCUCUGAACAAGAGACUACUGAAAAAUUAUUAAGCAAAUUAGAGACCUUGCCUGAAAUAGUUCGCGUGUUUGAUAAUGUAAGCGCUUAAACAAGCCUGGCCUAUAUUUCUGUAAAUAUAUUUUAAAGCGAAUUAAAAUAGAUUGUUCGACUUGCAUUUUUAUACUACAAACUUUCAACCCAGCUUCUAAUCA